AUGACGGUGAAGUGUGUAACGAAAAUAGCUCCAGCUCAUGUUGAUAUAUGGUCUGUUGGAUGUAUUUUUGGAGAAAUGAUUCGUGGUCAAGUUUUUUUUCCUAGAUCAGAUCAUAUUGAUCAAUGGAAUAAAAUAAUUGAACAAUUAGGAACACCAUCAAGAGAAUUUUCAUCUCGUUUACAACCAACUGUUAGAAAUUAUGUUGAAAAUCGACCAAAAUGUUCUGGUUAUUCACUUGAACGAUUAUUUCCAGAUCAAUUAUUUUUACCAGAUUCUGAACAAAGGAAAUUAACAGCUUUAUUAGCUCGUGAUCUUCUCGGUCGAAUGUUAGUUAUUGAUCCUGAAAAACGAAUGUCUGUUGACGAAGCUCUUAAUCAUCCAUAUAUUAAUGUUUGGUAUGAAGAUUCCGAAGUCAGUGCUCCUGAGCCAGGACAAUAUAAUCAUUUAGUUGAGGAAAGAGAAUAUACUGUUGAACAAUGGAAAGAAUUAAUAUUUCAUGAAGUUAUUCAAUAUGAAUUAGAUCAAAUUAAAAAAUAUUCAGAUGGAGAUAAACAAUCAAUUGAUCAACCUAUGGAAUAA